CCUCGCCCAACAUCGAGAUCUGGAGUAAUGUCCAUGUUCAAACAGGCUACACUGCUACAGUACUUAUGCCGCCUGCCUGCUACUACUCUGGUUGUCACGGCUGCUCGGCCAAGUGCCGCUCGGCGAUGGCAGAUGCCCCGUAUGCGUGCAUCCAGACUUCGUCCGCGACGAAUUUUCACCGGACGCCGCGGCUUGCGCCUUUUUGGCACGCGCAAGCCUGGGCUGGGCUGCUUGCGCAAUGCCAACGGCUGACUAUAAGACGCUUGGGCUGCCUCAGGUAGAAACGCCGCCGAAACACCCAACAUGCCUGCAAGACAUCCGCCCCGCUCCGCCAACGACUCCAGUCCCCUCACGACACGACAUCGCUCCGGUGCCACAAUCCAGACGCGCACCGCAGCGGCCGCAGCAACCGCAGCUGUUGCCCGCGCACCAUAGCAACCGGCCUGUGUCGCUUCAACGUCGAACUGUGCGAGCGGGCCGAACCGUGGGAAAGUGGUCUAGAACGGCCGGAGUCGAGACUGCGCCUCUCAUCAGGAUCCCCAUUGCCAGUGCGAAUGGGAAUAUUACCGUCCCAGCCCCUCAUCUCCAUACCAUAGUAUAGUCCAGACGCUCACAGACGAAGAGAAGGACCGUUUCAUCCCUGAAGGUGGAUUUACGAUGUUGUCCGAG